GGGGAUUCCAGGAUACUUGUGUAUUAAUUUAUUUCGCGUGUGAAUCGAGUUUAUUGUCUGACGGUAGUUGAUGUCCGCAUGAAGCGUGUUGGAUACUUAGGUCGCUCGCUAACAUUAGCAUGUGGUGUCGGUGUGCUCGCCAGCUAAUUUGCUUUAGUUAAUCCUUCACAAGAGAGAAAGAAGAUGGAGAUCCACCUAAAUCGAGUUGAUUAUAUUCAGGUUGGUGUGACAUCUCAGAAAACAAUGAGACUGCUUCCACCUCUGGGAAAAAAGGCAACCCAAAAGGUUGCCAUUGCUGAUCAUGACGGUAUACUUACAUGCUUUGGGAUGAAGAAGGGAGAGGCUGUGCCAGUGUUCAAAACACUUCCAGGACCAAAAAUAACCAGAAUGGAUCUUGGAGGGGCUACAGGAACCCCUCAGGAGAAGAUCUUUGUUUGUUCUGGUUCUCAAGUCCGAGGGUUCACCAAGAAGGGCAAACAGUUCCUCACCUUCGAAGCCAACCUGACGGAGAACAUUAAUGCUAUGCAUGUGUCAGGUGCUGACCUUUUUGUGUGUGCAAGCUACAUCUACAACCACUACUGUGACUGCAAGGAUCAAGAUUAUUACUUGUCUGGAGACAAAAUCAAUGACGUCACCUGUUUGUCCUCAGAAAAAUUAACUCAUCUUGUCCCGGUCCUUGCAUGCCAAGAUCGAGUUCUCAGAAUCUUGCAGGGGUCUGAGCUUUCAUAUGACAUUGAAGUCCCUGGUCCUCCAUCUGUCCUGGAGCUGUACACCAAAGAUGGAGAAGAACUCCUCUAUGGAACUACAGAUGGCAAAAUAGGUUUGGUCCAGAUUGGUGAACACUCAGCUGUUCCCAAAUGGGAGCUGGACAAUGACAAAAAGAAAGGAGGUAUUCUUUGCAUUGACACUCAUGACAUUAUUGGUGAUGGAGUGAGUGACAUUCUAGUGGGAAGGGAUGAUGGGACAGUGGAGGUUUAUGGUUUUGACCAUGCUGGUGAGCCAGCAUUACGCUUUGAGCAGGUAUUGUCUGAGAGUGUGACUUCCAUUCAGGGUGGCUGUGUGGGGAAAGACUCCUAUGAUGAGGUCCUCACCACCACUUACACAGGAUGGGUGACUGGUUUGACCACUGAGCCCCAGAAGGUGGAGGCCGGCCCUGGGGAUGUGAUCAGGAUGAGUAAGGAGACCCAAUCAAAAAUAGAAGCACUGAGGACAGAACUGGAGCAGCUGCAGGCUAAAGUUGCCCAGGGCCGUGAGCAGUACCAGCAGACCUCCCAGUCAAACACUGCUGUGUCAGCUCUGCCCAUUUUCAGCAUCAAUGAUAAGUUCACGCUCUGCCAGGACGACGCCAGCUACAGCCUCACACUGGAGGUGCAGACAGCCAUUGACAAUCUGCUGCUCCAGAGUGAUGUUCCUAUAGACUUGCUGGAUGUGGAUAAGAACUCUGCUGUGGUCAGUUUCAGUGAAUGUGAUUCAGAGCAACCGAAUGGAAACUUCCUCUUGGCUACGUACAGAUGCCAGGCCAACACCACCAGACUAGAGCUUAAGGUGAGGUCCAUCGAGGGACAGUACGGCACCCUGCAGGCUUACAUUACUCCCAGACUACAACCAAAGACAUGCCAAGUCCGCCAGUACCCGAUCAAACCUCUGUCCCUCCACCAACGCACACACAGCAUCGACCAACAGAGGCCCAUGAACAGACUCAGUCUGGUGGGACAGUUCAGUUUUGCAGAGAUUCACUCCUGGGUGGUUUUCUGUUUGCCAGAGGUUCCUGAGAAAACCCCAGCAGGGGAACGCAUCACUUUCUAUUUCCAAAACACUUUCCUUGGCACACAGCUGGAAGCCACCUAUUGUAAAGGGGAGGGCCAUUUCAAGUCAGACAAUAUCUCUACUAUCUCCAUUCUGAGUGAUGUCCUGUCAAAAGAAGCUACCAAAAGGAAAAUUAAUUUGAACAUUUCAUAUGACAUCAAUGACGAAUCUGUGAGUCACACUCUGAAGAUGAUCCAUCCAAAGCUUGAGUACCAGUUGUUGCUGGCUAAAAAGGUUCAGCUCAUAGAUGCACUUAAAGAGCUUCAACUUCAUGAGGGAAAUGCAGACUUUCUCAUCCCAGAGUACCGCAACAUUUUGGAUGAGUCCUCUAAUCUCCUGGAGGAGUACAAGAAGCAGCCGGCGCACCUCGAGCGACUUUAUGGUAUGAUCACAGACCUCUUCAUUGACAAAUUCAAGUUUAAAGGCCACAAUGUCAAAACAAAGGUGUCCUUGUUGCUGGAAAUGCUGGAUAACUACGACCUGAAUUCUUUGUUAGCUUUUUUCAACGAGGCCUAAAGUCAAAUAGAUUAGAACACAUUCUUUGUAUUUUUGCAGUUACUUAUUUUUUGUAAUGUAAAUACAAUGUAUGUUAUA